AAAGCACAGUCGUCUAUUUGGCGUCUGUGAAGGGCAGACAGAGUGUGUGACAGGUUAUGUCAACUGGAUUGGCAGGUGCUGUUUCAAAUCAGCGGAUGAAAGGACAAACUAACAGUCAAGUGAGCAAUGGUCCUAAAGAACACCAGCAACAACCGCAGACAGAACAUGCUGGUGGAGAAGAUACUGGAUUCGAUUCAUGGAGAGGAGGCAAUAAUACGCAUCACUCAAGUUAUCCAAUUGGUACCGGUGAUCCAUAUAGUCCUUACUAUGCAGGUACUUCAUUCCCUUAUCAGACAUUUGGAGCUGGGGAUGGUACUUGGUCAAAUGGAACAGAUCCUGUUGCAUUUCUUUCUGGAUAUGGAGGUCAAAUAGGUCAUGAUGCAUAUGGCAUGGAUGGAAUGUUUUCUGCUAGUGCAGGAGGUGGUUUUAGUACGUUUGGUCAACCUGCUUUUAAUUAUUUUCAUGGGAAUGGUGACUUUAGUGCUUGGGGCACUCCAAGAAAAACACGUUAUGAAGAAUAUUAUCAGGCUCCACGUGGAAAUGAAAACUACCCAACACCUAGCAAUACAGAGAUUAAGACUAUAGAACAGAGUGUACAAGGCUUGUCAUUAGGAAGUGGAGAAGUUCCACGUCAGGAUCAACAAACUACAUCUAAUCAAUCAAUAAAACCGGAAACAAAGGAACCUAGAAAGAUAACAUGGGCCAGUGUUGCGAGUCAGCCUGCCAAACCAGUUCCUCCACUUUCAUCUUCGCAAGGAAUGAAAAAGAAGGCUGGAAUGCCACCACCACCUAUUGUGCCAGGAAAGCAUAAUAUGGAUAUUGGAACAUGGGGUGAAGGUAAAUCUUCUGCACCUCCUCCAACAGCACCACCGCCGCCACAGGUACAACCUCCUGUACCACCACCUCCACCAUUGGUUCAAAGACAAAGACCUCCACCUCCUCCACCAUGUUGGAACAGACAACCUACAACACCUCCGUCUCCACCACAAUCACAGAUUCAUAUGCCUCCACAACAGCAUCAGCCAGGAAAGCAUAAUAUGGAUAUUGGAACAUGGGGUGAAGGUAAAUCUUCUGCACCUCCUCCAACAGCACCACCGCCGCCACAGGUACAACCUCCUGUACCACCACCUCCACCAUUGGUUCAAAGACAAAGACCUCCACCUCCUCCACCAUGUUGGAACAGACAACCUACAACACCUCCGUCUCCACCACAAUCACAGAUUCAUAUGCCUCCACAACAGCAUCAGCAUCAACAUCAACAUCAACAACAGCAACAACAACAGCAGCAGCAGCAGCAGCAACAACAACAGCAACAACACCAACAUCAGCAGCAGCAGCAACUACAAACACAACAACAGCAAAUUACCCAGUCACAAUCACAUCCUGUUUUAGAUGAGUUAAAGGUGAAGAAUGAUUAUAAUCCUGUAGAAUUUGAUCAAACUGCUCCUGGAGCUAGGUUUUUUGUAAUCAAGUCUUAUUCUGAAGAUGAUAUUCAUAGAUCCAUCAAAUAUGAGAUUUGGUGUAGUACAGAACAUGGUAAUAAAAGAUUGGAUCAAGCAUAUAGAGAAGCCAGCCGCGAAGGUGCUCCUUUAUAUUUGUUCUUUUCUGUAAAUGGAUCUGGUCACUUCUGUGGCAUGGCACAAAUGGUGUCACCUGUUGAUUAUCAGAGCAACAGCUCUGUUUGGUCACAAGAUAAAUGGAAAGGCCAAUUUCGAGUACGUUGGAUUUAUGUUAAGGAUGUUCCUAAUGUGCAACUUCGUCACAUUAAACUAGAAAAUAAUGAAAAUAAACCAGUGACUAAUUCGAGGGAUGCACAAGAAGUCCCUCAUGCGAAAGGUGUGACAGUGUUACGUAUAUUACAUACUUAUCGUCAUUCAACUAGUAUUUUUGAUGAUUUUGGACAUUAUGAACGUAAGCAAGCAGAGGAGGAUCAACGCAAAGCACCACCAAAUGCUAUACAACAUCAUCAUUCUUCCAAUCAUAGGAAUAGGGGACAUUCAGAUUUACCAAGAGACCAUCAUCCCCAUCAGCAGCCGCAUUUACAUCAUCAGCGCAAAGAUCGAGAUGGUGGUCGUAGCAGAGGUAGAGGAGGCUCACGCCAGUAGCGGUGGAUACAACAAGAAUAUAAUACUAUUCAUGAUAGUAAUCGUCAUAAAGGAAGCACGUUACGACUAAUUAUCGUCUUACUACUUACCUUUGCUUUCUUGGAUACACAAAGGGCUUCUAAUUCCUGUGACAAAACUCUCAUCAUUGAGACUAUUUCCUUCUGUUAAAUAAUCAACUUGUAUGAUAAUUAGCGUCGCGUCGACAUUAUAAAUAUUAUCUAAUCAUAACUACUAUGAAGAGGAACAUAAUUCAAUUUCAAGGGAUAUUGGGUAAACUUGCUGACAGUUAUAAGCAUAUAGUGUGGUGUUGCGUGCUAUUCAUCGAAAGGUGUUUCUUAAACGUACAAAUUAAAAAAUGAAAGAAAAAAAAGAUAUGGAACAGAAGAAAAAACUGUAAUAUGUGAACUAACCCUUGUAAAAUGCUUAAACUUUUGUUGAUAAUGAAAAAAAUCUAUGCGAGAACAAUA